AUGGCUUCUACCGCAGGUACUACGCUCAAGCUGAACACCGGAGCGAGUAUACCAGCACUGGGUUUUGGAACAUGGCAAGACAAGGAUGCGCAAGAAGAUGCCGUGCUCACAGCUUUGAAGUGCGGUUACCGUCAUAUCGACACAGCUCGUGUUUAUGGGACCGAGCCAGCUGUGGGUAGAGGAAUUAAGAGGAGCGGUGUGCCCCGAGACCAGAUCUUCCUCGUGACCAAGCUCUGGAACAACGCCCACGAGCCAGAGGAUGUGGAGAAGGCGAUCGAUGCAUCGCUGAAAGACCUCGACACUGACUAUGUCGAUCUCUACCUCAUGCAUUGGCCAUCACCAUUCAAGCAGGCUAACGAGCUGAUGCCAAAGGGUGAUGAUGGAAAGAUCAUCCCGGGCAAGGCUGACUAUGUGGAUACAUACAAAGCAAUGGAAAAGCUCGUGAAGAGUGGCAAAGCAAAAGCGAUCGGCGUCAGCAACUUUUCCAAGGCAGAGAUGGAGCGGUUGCUCAAAGAGACGAGCGUAGUUCCUGCUGCGCACCAGAUUGAGUGUCAUCCAUACCUCGCCCAGCACGACUUCGACGCCUGGCACAAACAGAAGGGCAUCCAUAUCACGCAGUACUCUCCUUUCGGCAACCAGAACGAGAUCUACUCAUCAGGCCAGAGUAUGGGCAAGCUCAUCGAUGACCCCGUGCUCGUCGAGAUUGGCAAGAAGUACAACAAGUCCGGUGCUCAGGUUGCGCUGGCUUGGGGUAUUGCUCACGAGCGAACGGUCAUCCCCAAAUCCAAGACGGAGAGUCGGAUCAAACAGAACCUUGAGGGUGACUUUAAGCUCGAUCCAGAAGAUGUCAAGAAGAUUGAUGGUCUUGACAAGAAGCUGCGCUUCAAUGACCCAAGUAAAAACUUCGGCUGGGACUUCUACACGGAUUUGGAUGGCAAGCAGCACGAAGUCAAGUAA